AUGGAGAUAUCCUACAGUAGUAGCACUAGUUGCUUCGAGUUCGCUCUACAAUCUCUUCGCUGGUUGGAUAAUACCAUCCUAGAGUACGAUGAUCUUAUCCGGAAGCUGAAGAUGGGGGUGAGACUAUUACAAAGCUUUGAUCUGUAUCUGACAAUGUGUAGGAGGAGGAGGAACCAUGAAACCUGUUUGGAACAAGAUGAGAAGGAGAAGGAUGUUACGUCUUCCAGAAUUCAAGAUCUGAUUACCAGGAGAAUGCAAGAUCUUGAAUUUGCUCAAAGCGAACACUUCAUUCAUCCUCAAUCGCCUGAUUUGACUCGUAUUAAAAGUGAGCUCACCAUAUUCCUGGAAGCAAUCAAGUUGUUUUUCGAAACAGAUAUCAACGAAUCGUUUAUCAACUAUCUGCGAGACUGUUACUGGCUGCGAGAUCCAGAGCUAGUUAUGGAUUUCAUCGAUUCGGUUUCCGAGAAUCUGGCGAAAAUUGGCGUAUCCCAUUCCAAGAAGCUAAUGUUCUUGAAGAGUUUCAUUCACUUUGCUAUGCUUCGCGGUGUCGAGGGUCAGCAAUUGAUAGAUCUCUUGAUUCACGCUGAAGUGGUGGCUAUCAAUGCAUUACGUCUGUUUUCUAUAUGGUGGUUUAACAAGGCCAUAGAUAAUAAUGAAGUAUGCAAGGAAAUGAGACUUCAAAUUUCUCGACUAAUAGAUGAGAGGAUUAAUCCCGGUGAUCCCCAGGUCCGAGAAACUUACAUCCAUGUCUUGACUGCUGCAAAGUUAUCAAGAUCAUCAGACAUUUCAGAUCUGGAGAAGAAUAAGCAUUUAGUAGCUGACUUUAUGGAUCAUCUCGUUCCCAAUAUUAUGGAGCUGCUGAAAUCUUGUACCAAUACUCCAGUCCCGAUUAUGAAUCAAAUGCUCAAAUUUGUUGAGGGGCUAAGAUUCCUUACAAUCCUUCUCAGGCAUCAGGAGAAGUUCAAAGAGCUAUGCCAUGAAAUGAAGAAUCUUAUUGGAGUUGUGGCCUGUGAUGCAGCGGUUGUAAUUUUCUCUCUUUCUGUGAAUCAAAUCAAAGAAGGCUUGGCCAAGGAAACCGAUCUUGCUCUUUUUCAUUUGCUUAAAGUGCUCAAGUUUAUUAGGGCAGAAGUUACUGAUCCAGUUACAUUACUAUUCUCGCCAUUUGGUUUUCCUAGGACCAAUGAGUUGGGCUCUAUGGAUUUUCUCCUUGAAAAUCUGAAGGAACUAGAAAAUUGUAGUGAGACUGAUUAUUCAAUUGCAUUCCCGAAAGAUCAAAUCCACACAGUCCUAGAAGAUCUCAUAGUCUUAAGAUCUUUCCUUGUCAAGAUAGCAGACCAGCGCAACCGGAAUGGAAAACUCCAAGCUCUUUGGAGUCGUGUUAUGGAGGUUGCGCACAGGGCAGAGUUUGUCAUUGACUCUAUCGUGGUUGGUGAUAAACAUGAAUAUUUGGAAAGAGUUGCUAGAGAUAUCCAGCUUUUGAGGACUGAGGCCCUUGAAACCUAUGAUAGCACGAUGCAUGACUGUGGAGCUCAGAGAACUACCCAGAAAUCUUUCCGCAUUGAGUCAAAAUGUCGCACCCCAAUGUUGAAUGAAGUUCUGGUGGGUCUUGAUGAUGAGGUAAAGGCAAUUAUUCAUGGUCUUACCAGGGGUUCAAAGCUGUUGGAUUUUGUUUCAAUUGUGGGUAUGGCUGGACUUGGUAAGACAACAUUGGCCAAUAGAGUUUGCAAUGAUGCAUUAAUUUUGAGCCACUUUCAUAUCCUUGCUCGGUGUACUGUUUCUCAAGUGUAUAGCAUGCACAGUUUGUUAGUUCAGCUUUUAUGUAGUAUUUCUUCUAGAAGUCCUGGGGAAUAUCUUGAGAUGGAUGAAAGUGAUUUGGUUCACAAGCUGUACAAACUUUUAAAGAGAAAUACGUAUCUCAUUUUUUUGGAUGAUGUCUGGGAGAUUAAGGCAUGGAAUUUGCUGGAGAGAGCAUUGCCCGAUGAUGCUAACGGAAGUCGGAUUCUCUUCACCAGCAGAAUUCAAUUGCAAUUCAAACCUGAUACCAAGGCUCACCAUCUCCGCCACCUUACUGAUGAAGAGAGUUGGACGUUGCUGCAGAAAAAGCUAAUUGGCAAAGAUGGUUUUCCUCCGACAUUAGGUGAAGCUGGAUCUCAAAUAGCAAAAUUAUGUAGGGGCUUACCUCUCACAGUUGUUCUUGUUGCUGGAAUUCUUGAUAAUACUGCAGAAGACUAUUGGGAAGAAGUUGCGAAGAGUCUAACUUCCAGUAUUGUCCUUGAUGACGAAUACUGCAUGAAGACGCUUGAGCUGAGUUACAGUCAUUUAUCGGAUGAUUUGAAGCCAUGCCUUCUUUACUUUGGUGCAUAUAAAGAAGAUGAAAAUGUUCCUGUCCGAUGGUUGUUAUGGCUCUGGAUCUCUGAAGGCUUCGUGCGAAAGAUUGAAGGAAAGAGUUUAGAGGAUGCGGCAGAUGACUAUUUGAAGGAUCUGGUUGAUAGAAGUUUAGUUAUGGUUUCUGAACAAAGAACCAUGGGUGGUGCCAAAACCUGCCAACUUCAUGAUUUGGUACAUGAGUUUUGUGUGAAAAAAGCCAAAGAAGAAAACUUUCUACAUGUUUUGCAUGGUCGGAAUGAUCGUUUUAUUCUUACUGGCCCAAGCAACCCCCUCCGAGUUUGUGAUCAAAAUGCCGGGAAUUUGAUGAUUCGGGAGUUAAUGCUAGAAUUUCCCAAUGUACGCAGUUUGUUAUUGUUUAAUAAGGAUGAUUUGGGGUUUUGGUUACCAGAACUUCUAAGAGUGUUGGAUUUGGGGGAAUUGGAGUUUGUUGCAUAUUUUCCUAUGGAAGUACUUUUGCUUGCUCACUUGAGAUACUUGGCUCUUCGUGUUAGCGAAGUAAAUUUCAUCCCAGCUGCAAUAGCUAACCUCUCAAGGUUACAAACUUUUCUGCUACGAGGAAACACCUCUGAUUGUUUGUUACCCAAGACUAUCUGGAACAUUAAGACAUUGAGGCAUCUAUGGACUACAAAUCCCGUAGUUGGUUUUAUUUUUCCUGUUGAAAAUCUUGAAGUAUCCUCAGGUUUAAAUCGUUUAGACAGUUUAAGCCUUGCCAUUGGCCCCUCCUCUCAAAGCUUGCAAAAGAUACUGACAAAGUUACCAAACAUCCGCAGGCUAAGAUGUACGGUGGCGGCAUCAAGACAAAAACAUACUGGCGCCGAGAUUCCCUUGUUUGACUGUUUGAGGCAACUAGAAUCACUGGCUCUGCAUUUAUUUGACGUUAACAUAUUUAACAGUUACGGAUUUAAAUUGCCUUUGAAUUUGAAGAAGUUGACUCUCACUUAUGAGCAUCUAUGGAGUGAAAUCUCAACAAUUGGAAAGUUGCCCAAUCUUGAAGUGCUUAAAUUACUCUCUUGUUAUUACAGCUCCCCUGGGGAAGAAUGGGAAAUGAAAGAAGAGGAGUUCCCUAAGCUCCGAGUCUUGAAAUUGAGAGGCUUUUUGAAUUUUCGCAAGUGGACUGCAUCUUCUGAUAAUUUUCCCCGUCUUGAGAAAUUGGUUGUCCAGUGGUGUCCGAAGUUGGAAGAGGUGCCUUCUUGUUUAGGGGAAUGUCCUACUCUUGAAAUGAUUGAGGUGAAACGAUGUCGCGAGUCUGUUGCAAGUUCAGUGAAGCAAAUUCAACAAGAACAGAGAGAUAUGGGAAAUGAGGCUCUAAAGAUCAUAAUUGAAGAUUGUGUUGAUGCGCGGAGUUCCAGCCAAGAAGAAGAAGGAGAGUCAUAUCCCUCACAGGAAGUCUAA